CGUCACUAAGUUCGGCUCAGCCCACCCCCGGAGACCCGCCCAGCUGUCCCGUGGCUUCGUGUGACAGUGAGUGGGAGCGCGGAGUGGAAUUGCCGCUAUGGCUCCUGCACUUGUGUUUGGAUUUUUGGAAUGGACCAGGAGAGCCGCCCGCAGCAUCGACGCUGACCCCUCUACUGACCCCAAUGUGAAUUCGGGGAUUGAAAAUACAGGAACCGUCGACACCACCCCCAGUAACACGGAAUAUGUGGCUUUUGUGUUGGUGCCCGUUUUCUUCAUCAUGGGUCUUGUGGGCGUGUUGAUCUGCCAUUUGCUCAAGAAGAAGGGGUAUCGCUGUACUACGGAGGCCGAGCCUCCAGUGGAAGAAAAAAUCGUAGGAGAAAAAAUUGAGAUGCAGGAAAGCACGGGGGACACGAAUACUGACACCGUUGGACAAAUUGUCGACUUCAUUAUGAAGAAUGAAGCUAAUGCUGAUAUUCUAAAGGCCAUGGUGGCAGACAACUCGAUAGUUGGGGAUACAAGUGUUUUUGAUCCUGAGAGCCCUACUACUCCGAACACCCCGGGCAGUCCUAUAACUCCUGAUACUCCUAUCAGUCCUACCUCUCCUGCUGAGACUCCAUCGAAGCAUUCCUGCCGGGGGCACCAUCUUCACACCGUUGGAGGAGUGGCCGAAAGGAACGCGUGCACUCGAUGCACCAACAAAAGAUGGCACUUUUUAAAGUCCCCACAAAAACAUAAAGAGCCACGAAGAAGCCACCAAGGAGCAGUGACUGUUCUGUCUGUGGGAAGGUUCAGGGUCACCAAGGUGGAACCCAAGUCAAAAGAAAGAAAGAGGUUAAUGGCUGACAGGUCGGAAGGUACAAAUGGGGAGGUCCCUGCUACGCCAGUAAGUGUGGAUACCAGGCAGAGAAGUGGCACAGACUCUGAGCCUCAAAGUCCCGUAGACACCUGAGGAGUGCAAGAAGCCACAAGUAUUUAAUCUGGGUCCAUAGAAAAUAACGGAAGCGUCCAGAUCGGGAGAUCAGCAGAUGUACCUAGGAGCUGGCCGUGGCCAAUAUGUCAACGUAUGGAUCUUCUGUUUUAGCAAUAAGUCUGUACCAAAAAGAACUGCAUUCCUAAUAUUUUUUGUAUUUUUAGUGGAAUUUUUCAAAUGAGAAAAUCUUCUGGUGAAUUUUUAAUGUGUGUAUUUGACCGGCUCUGUAUGACGGAUCUCUAUGUAUCAGUCUGUAUAUCGGGUCUUCUGGCUGGGCCUAUUUGUGUGCCGGAGCUUUCCUGAUAUUGAGAGGUGCUUGGGAAUAUGUGCAGGGCUGCUGUAAAUAAAGCCGUAUUGUAGAACA